AUGCCGCUGGCCAUCGUUUACUCAGAUAUGGCCGACUCGGUUGAUGUGCAAGGCUGCGUGUUUGGCGGCAAUAAGUUUUUCAUUGUGCAGCGCGUGCCGCAACGCUCACACUACAUCUCGCUGGUCGAGAGCAAUGGCGGCCGAGUGGUCAAACUCGAGGCCCAGGCUGACUACCUGAUCGCCGAUCACAUGCGACACGAUGCGCCCGCUGGUUCUCUAAGCUACAAGUUCCUCGAAGAAGCCAUCAAGCAAGGGCAAAUACCCGAAGACGACUCUCCCUUUCUCGCUGGCCGCCGUAAAUCCGCAAACCCCGUCACCACCGCUGCCGGCCCUUCCAAGAAGUCGACAAGAACUCCAUUCACCGACGACGAUGACAAGCUGCUGUACAAGUGGGUCAACAAGGCCGAUCAGGAAGGUCUCGCUAUACAGGGCAACACCCUCUAUAAAGUCCUCGCCGAGCACAACCCAAGACACACUUAUCAUUCAUGGCGUGAUCGUUACGUCAAGGUUCUUUCCACAAGACCUCCGACGGGAUGGAAGACUUACCCCGACGAGAAUCUACCCACUAUUGACACGCCCAUCGCCGACCUACCCUCAACCGCUCUUCCUCGCUCUACCGCUGUCAGAAGAUCAGUGACCAGGUCGCCCUCCAAGCCCCGCGUAUACAUACCCUUCACCCAAGAAGAUGACGAAGUGUUGGAAGCUUUCGUAGCCAUGCAGGCAAGAAAGGGUGCUUCACUCAGUGGCAAUGCUAUAUACAAAGAGCUGGAAGCGAGAAACCCACGUCAUUCCUAUCACUCUUGGAGAGACCGCUGGAUCAGGCAUCUAUCGCUUCGAGAGCCUCUGGAUGAGGAAGAGGACGAUGGCCCGUUCGAAGACAAUGCCAUUCCCGACGGGGAAAAUCAUAUCUCUGCUCGCCUAGACCCUUCGCCAGAAUCACCGAUCAGCAAGCCGCCCUUGAAGCGUUCAAGCUUCAGAAUUCCUCCAGGAGCCUCGGCAUCUGUAGAGAAUUCGAAGAAUACUACUCCUCGAUCGGGAGUCACCCGUCCGAUUGUGGCUCUGAAAGAAAAAGCAUCGAAAAGCACACCUCAAGCCUCUAUACGAGACCGUGCUGCAAGUCAAAAAGAGCCUGUUGCAGAUCCUGAGCCUCUCACAACCGCUUCUCGACCCACUAUCUCUUACCCGACUACCUCGCGCCCAGCUGCGACAUCUAAGAACCAGGCCAACACUCCGAUGGCUAGAACCCGAAAUGUGAGCUCGCCUGUCAUGUCGCAACAAACUUCAGCCCAGCCCCAUUCACUCCACACCCAACCAUCAACACAAGUCGAGGCUCAAGGCUCUCGUGAGAUUCUCCGUCACAGAGCUGUACAAGCAGAUCUCGAACCUCAGUUCCAUGACGACUCGACUUUCACACAAGAAGAUUAUGAUAAUCUCCUGGACGCCGCCCUCGACAUACAAAAUGUUCGAGUCGGGCGCUACCAGGAAUCAUGGAUCUCUUGGGCCGAUUUCAAGAAAAGUCACACUGCUGUUGAGUGGAGAUCGUUCUAUGAACGACGUGUGUUGCCAGUUGUGUUACAAGAAGAGGAUGAUUUUGAACUCCUUGAAACUCAUGGUGGUGGAGCUUGGGCCGAGUUCUGGAGAAACCAAGGUCAACCUGUCACGACCUUGCCACAUCUUAAACAAGACGGCGUUCCUGAAAGACAACCAGCUCCUGCAAGAUCUGCUGAGGCUGCAGAGGAGUCGACACCUCGCGUCUCGAGAACAGAAUCCGCAAAACAAAACGAAGAGGUGGAUGAUGUGGCAGACCCUUUCAUCAAAGUGGAGAGAACCACGGCAACGGUAUCUGCCAAACGGAAACAACAGGCUCGCGAAAGUUCUGUGAAAGAAGAACCCGCGCCCAAACGUCGACGCACGGCAACACCGCCUACCGCGCCGCACAAAAGCCCCACUCCUGUCCAGACUGUCCCGAGGCCCAAUGCUGAUGAUGUGGUCAGCAUUUCCAGCAAAGUUGCGCCUCCAUUAAGUCACCACUCUGACGAAGAGGAAGAAGUCCCUGAGGAUCAAGCCGCUGAACAAUUGCGACGUGAGAUGGUAGAGAAUAGGGAUAUUCGCCAUCAGCUGACUAGAGCAAAUCUUGCACGUAUCCAAGCAGAAACGGGCUUGGCCGAGAAGAAAGCAGUGGAUAUAGAGCAAGAUAAUGAGAACGACGACCAACCCGGAUUUGCAGACUACCUUGCAAGCAUGUUGCCGCAAGGCAUGAAAGACAAGAUUCUACAAACCAGUGAGACACACGAUCAUCAACUAAAUCAAGAUGAUGAGAUUGACGAGGACGACGAAGAUACUGUCAUGCACAACAACCAACAAGACCAGCGCGAAUACGACCCCGCCCUCCUAGAAAUCGACCCAAACCUCGAUAACCCCUCUUACAACUCCUCCGCCGAAUACCGUGCCAACAACCCAAGUAUUCACCUCGACGCCCCGCAGACCCAGCCUUGGGAAGUCUCCUCCGCGCUCUCUGCAUCACAGCAAAGAAACCAACGUCUUUCCACCCAAGCAAUCUACGAAGCCGAAACCCAAUCCUUCGAUGCUGAAAUCCCACUCCCACCUUUGGACCUUGGAGUACAGACUCAACACUAUGCUGUUGCAAACACAGACUCUCAAAUUCUGUCUGCUGGCGAAAUGUGGCCUUGGAUCGAUGCACAAAUAUCUGCUGGAUAUACUGAAGAUGCUGUCAUUGCUGCUCUGCGCAAAACGUCUUUCAAUCCCAAGUUAGCUGUGAUGGUGCUUGAGGCCGGAGAAGAAGAGGCAGAUGUAGCGGGUGUAUGGACAGAGGAGGAAGAUAUAAUCGUAGAGGGCAGUGAUGCCAGAGCAAUCAGGAGAUUGGAAGUGAAACACGGAAAAGGCAGUGCAAUGGCCAGACUAAAGUUCCUCAGUGACUGGAGGAGGGACAAGGAGAUUGCGGAGAUGGGUGAAGAGGAGGCAGACUGA